CACAGUUGAUUCUUUUGGGAUGGUAUUGUCAUGCAAAUAAAGGACGCGUAAAAUAUUCUCCCAGAGCGCAGCGCAGGGCAGAGACUCACACGGACCGCGCGGAGGACACAGACCGGGGCCACACGGUGGAUUUGUAUUGUUUUCGUCGCUACGGACUCGUCCAUCUGUCACAGACACCCUGGCCACAUGAGCAGCGACACAUAGCCGGGCCGUGUUGACCAGGACUCGGGUCGGACCGUUCAAGGAAAACCUGCGGAGACUGUCCCGUGGAGAUAGUGGUCAUUCUACCAAUUUCCCCCCCAAGUGAAGUCGGAGGUGUCUCUCUUCUCCAUCCCCUGCUUCAGGCUACCUGCUGCUGCUACGGAGGAGGAACUACGUCCAGAGACCCCUGGAUCGCUUGAGAGCAUCCUUUUUUAUGUUUUAGGGAUUUUAGGAUCUCUACAAAUAUUAACAUUUUUUGCACACCAAGUGUGUUAUUUCCUCUCUUGUCCUUUUUGGGAUAUAUACAGUGAUCUUUUUUUUCUAUUUUAGUACUUUAUAAAAAGUGCCUUAAUAACUGGUUAUAAUCCAGUGUAACUGUGGCAUUGUCACCAGACCAGAGACGCUCAACAGGGAGAAGACGAGUAUUAUCAGCUUUAGAGCCCGGGCAGGAUUACUGGUUCCCCAACCUCCAGCGAGCUGCCACCAUGAGCCAGGCGGAUGUGUCGACUUGCUCCGCGCCGCAGCGGGUUUUCCAGGAGGCGGUGAAGAAGGGCAACACCAAGGAGCUGCACUCGUUGCUGCAGAACAUGACGAACUGCGAGUUCAACGUCAACUCCUUCGGGCCGGAGGGACAGACGGCCCUCCACCAGUCUGUCAUUGACGGCAACCUGGAGCUGGUAAAACUGCUGGUGAAGUUUGGCGCAGACAUUCGACUGGCCAACAGGGAAGGGUGGAGCGCUUUACACAUCGCCGCCUUCGGUGGCCACCAAGACAUUGUGCUAUACCUCAUCACCAAGGCCAAGUACUCAUCUGGCGCCCGGUGAUCUGUCUCUGCUGUCAGGUAAAAUAAGAAAAUAAAAAAAAUAACAAGUGGAAAAUAAAGCUGCAACACACGGGAAAGCCAGGCUCUUGUAAAAGCAAAAAAAAAAAAACUGCCAUCAUCUAUAUAGUUGUGCCAAAUUUUAUAUAUAUAUAUACACAUAUAUAUAUAAAAGAAAUAAAACUAGACCUGCAGAAUAAUCUUCCCUCAUUGUAAACCAAACGGGGUCCUCUCUGCACUCCUGAGUGAAGUAUCGCAUGGCUCAUACACAGCGCUUCAACACGACUCUUUAACAAAAGAAACGCCAUUUCGGUGAGUUUGUUGGUACUAAAGCUUUCCUCUUGAAUGUGUAUAUUACAUCUUGUCGUCCAAUACAAAAGAAGCCAGUGUCUGUGUAUCACAUGUGUGUGUGUGUGUGUGUGUGUGUGUGUGUGUGUGUGUGUGUGUGUGUGUGUGUGUGUGUGUGUGUGUGCGUGCGUGCGUGUGCGUGCGUGUGUUUGGACUCCAGAAGUGCAGAUGGCCCAGUUUAUCUCUAUCCAUGACCUUCCAUCUCCAGUAUACAGUUGAAUAGUUUCUUCCUGGGGAGGAGGGGGGGGGGGGGGUUGUUGCUCCUCAUUGUUCACCCGUUUUAAGUUAUUUUUAUAUGAAACACGGCACUUGAUGCUAAAUGGCUGCAUGCUGGAAUAUCUGAAAGGGAAGACACACGAACAAGAGAAGAAGGGUUGCCCUCUGUUGGCUACCAGAGGUUUAGUUUUUUGUUUUUUUUUAGUUUCUUUACUCAAAGAGCGGCAUUAUGGCUAUCCAACACGCUUUCACAUGUGUAAUCAUUAUGUAACAACAAGUGGCUCCAUCGUUGUUGUAAAGUACUGUACACAAUAGCUUUACUUUGUGUUUUUUUUUUUAAGAGAAAACAAGAGACAGUAGCUGAAUGCGCUCGUGCAGUUCUCACCAUGCUGGCGUCCAACUUUUCAGGCCAGUUGCGACCACUUUUGCUGAUGGUCAUUGCGUUAAAAAAAAACAAAAAAACCGCUGCUUUCGCUUUGUAUCAAAAAAAAAAAGUCGCAUUUGGAAUUCACUUUAUAAUCUCCUUUCAGUAUUUUAUUAACAUCCUAGUCAUCACUGUGAAAGCAGGCUGGGUUUGUUUUGUUUUUUCAUUUUAUUUAUGAAGGUACAUUGAGAAGAUGCUUUUUUUUGAACAUGUUGUGGUUCUUCUUUAAAAAAAAAAAAACAUAUAUGAAUAUCUAGGGGUGACUCAAGCUGCUUCAGACUCGAGGUAUAAACUGUCCCGUGUGGAGGUAGACCUGCCACCCCCCCCAGAAACCCCUUCUGUUAAAGCCGGGUGACCCAAGAAGACUCCCCCCCCCUCCCAUUAAAAGGACUUUGUUUGGUUGCCUUUUGCCAGCUACCUCGACUAUAAAGUAUUCUCAAGUUGUUCAGCUCUCUCACCGCUCUGCCACGUUCUUUGGAGUCUGAGGAGAUUCACAAUUUGUCUGUGAUCAUCCGCAUGCCAGUAGGCUAUAUAUAUAUAUAUAUAUAUAUAUUUUUUUUUUUUUUU